UGUGUUUUUUUUCUCCAAGAAUACGUAUGUACUGAGGAUAAUGAAAUCGAACUCGAUCUUCUUCUUUCUUUUUCGAAACACACUCCUCCAAUUUUUUAACUUGUGUAUAUACGGAAGAGCCUCUCUCUCUCUCUCUCUCUGUCUCUCACACACACACGCACACACAGAGCACCUUUCUGGAAAUCGACGAUGCUGAUGCUAGUGCCAUUGUUGGGUUUGAUAUUCCUGGAGUAUUAUAUUACUCAGACCUACUCGCCCACUAAAUUAUGCGUGAAUCCCCACCAAACGGGGGUUAUAAAGAACCUUUUUGAAUACAAUAUUAUUCUCCUCAUUCCCACCACCUCUCUCUCUUCCCGGCCUCGCCUUCCCCUCUAUAUCUCACCAUCUCUAUUCUGUCUUUAUCUCUCUUGGGAAAAAAAUGUUAUGGGUAUCCACUUCCUGCACCCAGCUGAUUAAACCCUAAUUCUUGACUUUCGUCAAUUCCCUUUUUCUUGUGACCGACCUUGACUUAUCUGAGGUCUCAUUGAUGGUCAAGGGAAAAGAGAGAGAAAAUAGGGAAGAAAGCGAGGGUUUCAACAGGUGUUUCUGCUGUAUGAGCAAAAAUGGUGGUCUUGGUAGGGAUUUGCCACCAGAAAAGGUGAAGAUUUCCAAAACUAAAAGCAGAUCAGACCAGAACUGGCUUGGACUUUCUUCCGUUAGUAGCUGGGUUUAUGGUCCAUCAAGUAUGGAACCUCAGGAUGCAGAUUACACAGAUAUUCCAUCGCUUAAUUAUGAACUAGAGACCCUUAUCUUUGCUCGAAUGCCCCAGUCAGAGCACUGGAAACUAUGCAUUUUGAACAAGAGGUAUUUAUCUCUUUUGAAGAGUGGAGAGCUAUUUAGGAUUAGGAGAGAGAUCGGAAUCAAGGAACCAUCUGUUUUCAUGGGAACCAUAGGGGAGAACAGUUGGUGGGAAUUCGAUGGCGAAUUCAAGACUAAGAGAAAACUGCCGAUUUUCCAAACAGAUAUUUCUUUCUUUUGUGGAGAUAAAGAGUCCUUUUCUGCAGGAACCCAUCUGCUUGUUUCUGGCAAAGAACUCAAUGGUCUUGUCAUUUGGAGAUAUGAACUGGCUAUGAACAGAUGGCACAAGGGUCCUUCUAUGAUUAGCCCACGGUGCUUGUUUGCCUCUGCCACGUGUGGCACCUUUGCAUUUGUAGCCGGUGGAGUUGGAAAGGAGCCGAAUGGUGAAGUGUUUGAUACUGCUGAGAAAUAUAAUCCGGAGAGUAUUUCAUGGGACCCCCUCCCGAGGAUGAAGAAGAGGAGGAAAUUUUGCUCUGGGUGCUACAUGGACAAUAAGUUCUACGUGAUUGGAGGGAGAAACGAGGACGGUGAGCUCACGUGUGGGGAAUUUUUCGAUGAGGUUAGAAACAGAUGGGUACUGAUUCCCAACAUGUUGAAAGAUAAUCCAGUUCUGAGUAGCCAUUCGCCUCCUCUUGUUGCAGUUGUGAAUAACGAGCUUUACUCUCUUGAAGCCUCUUCCAAUCAGCUGAAGGUGUAUUUGAAGAGCAGUAAUACUUGGAAGCAGUUGGGUUUAGUUCCGGUGAGAGCUGAUUUCAAUAGAGGUUGGGGUAUUGCAUUUAAGUCUUUGGGGAAUGAGUUGCUUGUGAUAGGCUCAUCUUCUGUCUCUAGAGCUGGGAAUUCUAAGGCUAUCUACACCUGCUGCCCUGAUCCUGAUGCCAAUGAAUUGGAAUGGAAACUUGCUAACAGAAACAUAAGUCAGUUCAUUCUCAAUUGUGCUGUCAUGGUAGCUUAGAGGCAGAACUCUUGUUUCGAUAUCGAGUUGCGUGAUUAGGUACCUAAAUAACGGGUAGUUUGAUGGUGUAGUGUUGGUGUACCCGAAUCGUGUGAUUGCAUUUGAACGUUUUGAUUGUCCCUGUUUUAUGAACAAUUGGCUGUAUUUAUUUUGGGUUU